CCGCAAUACCCGCCCACAACACCUAGGGACUGCUACUCGACUCAGAAUAACUAUACGACACACCUUCAGACUACCCUUUGGCAAGAGUGCUGUCGACAUGUCAACCAUACCGAUUGCCACCCGCCUACGGGCACAAUGGCUAGCCACACGAAGGCCGCUGUCCUCCCGCUGUCUACUGCUUCAGCAAAGAGCCGCUGCUCGGCCUUCUCGCACACUUACACGACCCUUCUACUCCAGCUCGACCGACGACACUCGCUCCAGCGAGCCGAAAGUCGAGCAGAAAGGUUCCAUCUUUGCACCGCUUGACACCUUCCCUCGCCGCCACAUUGGACCCUCCGCCAUAAGUGCUGAGGAGAUGCUGCAAGCUCUCGAUCCUCCAGCUCAGAGCUUAGACGAAUUCGUCAAGAGUGUACUACCCAGUACUAUCCUGUCAAGCAAAGACCUCAAGAUCGAAGGUCCCAUGCCGGAGUCUGGCUCCAUGCCAACAAGCGAAGGCGGCUACUCCGAGUCACAACUCCUCAACCGGCUGAGAGAGAUAGCAAGGGACAACAGGGUCUACAAGAGCUACAUCGGCUGCGGGUAUGCGGGUACACGAACACCGGAAGUCAUCAAGCGGAAUGUCCUAGAGAAUCCGGCGUGGUAUACUAGCUAUACUCCCUACCAACCGGAGAUCAGCCAAGGACGAUUGGAGAGUCUGCUCAACUUUCAGACAGUGGUGACUGAUCUCACUGGACUGGCGAUUGCAAAUGCGAGCGUUUUGGACGAACCUACGGCGGCGGCGGAAGCCAUGACGUUGAGUCUCAAUGCCCUGCCGACCGCUAGAGCGAAGAGGGACGGCAAAGUGUAUUUGGUGAGCCAUCUGUGCCAUCCGCAGACGAUUGCAGUGCUGGAGUCUCGGGCGCAAGGAUUUGGCGUUAAGAUUGAAGUUGCAGACGUGCUGGCUGAAGACUGUAAGAAGGUGGAUGAAAUUGGAGAAGAUUUGAUCGGAGUGUUGGCGCAGUAUCCGGACACUCUAGGUGGCGUGGAAGAUUUCCGUGGUCUGGCGGAGAAAGUGCAUCGCUUGAAGGGUACCUUUGCCGUAGGGACCGACCUGUUGGCCUUGACGCUGCUUACACCACCCGGUGAGUUCGGGGCUGAUGUCGCAUUCGGAAAUGCGCAACGCUUUGGCGUGCCAUUCGGUUUUGGCGGCCCACACGCGGCCUUCUUCGCCGUGAGCGAGAAGCACAAACGGAAGAUACCCGGCCGGCUCAUCGGUCUCUCGAAGGACCGUCUAGGAGACCCUGCGGCACGUCUGGCGCUGCAGACAAGAGAACAGCACAUCCGUCGCGAGAAAGCCACGAGCAAUAUUUGCACAGCCCAAGCGCUUCUGGCGAACAUGAGCGCCAUGUACGCCGUCUACCACGGUCCGGAUGGCCUGAAGCGCAUCGCGGAGAAGGUGGCGAAGAUGGCGCAGGUGCUUGCGAAAGGCUUGGAACAGGCAGGGUUGGAGGUCCAGCAGCCGGUCGCGUUUGACACGGUGGUUGUCAAGAAGCGGGAGGCGAAGUUGUUCGCGGAGAAGAUUGCACAAUUGAUGCACAUUAACUUCCGCGUGGUGGAUCAAGACACGAUUGGCAUCACGAUCGAUGAGACGGUUGGGAAGAAGCAGAUUGAGGAGAUCUUGCGGGCUUUCACGACGGAGCAUAUUGAUGUUGUUGCGCUUGCGGAAGGGUUGGAAGAAAGCGCUACGGCGCAAUUGGCUGAGCCUUUGAGAAGGACGUCAAGCUAUCUGACGCAUUCGAUCUUCAACAGCCACCACUCGGAGACGGAGCUAUUGCGGUAUAUGACCCAUCUACAGUCGAAGGAUCUGUCACUGGUGCAUUCGAUGAUCCCAUUGGGCUCAUGCACGAUGAAGCUCAAUGCCACAACGGAGAUGGUUCCUAUCACAUGGCCAGAGUUCGCCGCGAUCCAUCCCUUCGCGCCUCGAGAUCAGACGAAAGGGUACCUUCAGCUGAUUCAUGAGCUUGAAGAAGACUUGGCGGAGAUUACAGGUUUCGCCGCUGUGUCUCUUCAACCCAAUUCUGGCGCUCAAGGCGAGUUCACGGGGCUGAGAGUGAUCCGCAAAUACCAAGAACAACAACCCGGCAAGAAGCGAGAUAUCUGCCUCAUUCCCGUUUCGGCACAUGGCACCAACCCGGCCAGUGCGGCGAUGGCUGGAAUGCGGGUUGUGACGAUAAAGUGUGAUGGCCUGACCGGCAAUCUGGACAUGGACGACCUGAAAGCCAAGUGUGAGAAGUACAGCGACGAGCUGGGCGCGAUCAUGGUCACUUAUCCUUCCACUUUCGGCGUCUUCGAGCCCAAUAUCAAGGAGGUGUGUGAAACCGUGCAUCAGUAUGGCGGACAGGUGUACAUGGAUGGCGCGAAUAUGAACGCUCAAAUCGGACUCUGCUCGCCGGGCGAGAUUGGCGCGGAUGUGUGCCAUCUCAAUCUUCACAAGACUUUCUGUAUCCCGCAUGGAGGCGGAGGGCCAGGCGUCGGUCCUAUUGGUGUCGCGGAACAUCUCGCCCCUUUCCUACCCGGCCAUCCGCUCGUGGCCGGAGUCGGAGGAGAGACAGGUAUCGCUCCCGUCUCUGGAGCACCAUGGGGCAGUGCGAGUAUCCUUCCCAUCAGCUGGGCUUACAUCAAGAUGAUGGGUGCCCGUGGCCUGACGCACGCGACGAAGAUCACGCUGUUGAACGCCAACUACCUACUGUCUAGGCUCCGGCCGCAUUACCCAAUACUGUAUACCAACGAGAACGGCCGCUGCGCACAUGAGUUCAUUCUUGAUGUGCGACCCUUCCAGAAGAGCGCAGGCAUCGAAGCCAUCGAUGUAGCGAAGCGCCUGCAAGAUUACGGCUUUCACGCUCCUACCAUGUCCUGGCCGGUAGCGAACACGCUUAUGAUCGAGCCGACCGAAAGUGAGAGCAAAGCGGAGCUUGACAGGUUUGUUGAAGCGUUGGUGCAGAUUCGUGAAGAGAUCAGGGAGGUCGAGGAAGGCAAGCAGCCAAAGGAGGGUAAUGUGUUGAAGAUGGCACCGCACAGUAUGAAGGAUAUUGUGUGCGGGGAGUGGGAAAGGUCGUACGGGAUGGAGAAGGCGGCGUAUCCGUUGGGCUGGUUGAAGGAGAAGAAAUUCUGGCCGAGUGUUACGAGGUUGGACGAUGCGUAUGGGGACAUGAAUUUGUUUUGCAGUUGUGCUCCGGUUGAGACUGAAGAUGGGAUGACUGGGGCUGCGGCUCCGAUGCCCACUUGAGCUGUCUCUCAAGACACAAACGAAGGGAUGGUAUGAUUACUCAACGACAUCCAUAAGCGUUCGAAGCGAGGCGUUGGUGGCAGCACUCAACGUGCAUUCAACAUUAGAACUCAGCGGGACCAGUCGGCUUGUGCAAGACCACAAGGUCGCCGCGCCAUGAGCGCAGCCAGCCUGGGCGCCGUGCAGGUUAGUGUAUGGGGACUUGCAUUCAUCACGACUGUUCGCUGCUGGCUUAUUGGGUUACUCCGCGAUAGCGGGCCGUCUCACGCCAGCGAUC